AUGAACACAACAAAUGAUGACUUAGUCAACCCCACCACCUGGCAAGACACUGAAGGUGAUUUUCCCAACUGCACCAAUGUGCAAGUCAGUCUGAAGACUUUGUACCUCCCCAUGUCAUACAGCAUCAUCUUCCUGGUGGGCUUCCCGGGAAACAUCAUUGCAAUUUGCGUUUACAGCUUCAAGAUGAGGCUUUGGAAGAGCAGCACCACCAUCAUAGACCUGCUCUACCUCACCAGCCUUCCCUUCCUGAUAUACUACUAUGACAGCAGGGAGCACUGGAUCUUUGGCAAAUUCAUGUUCAUGUUCAUCUGUUUCAGCUUCCACUUCAACUUAUACAGCAGCAUCCUCUUCCUCACCUGCCUCAGCACCUUCCACUACAAGGUGGUUGUCCAUCUUCUGAAGUUCUUCCACAUCCAGAGGAAGCAGUGGACAGUGGUGGCUUGCACAGCCAUUUGGGUGAUCUCACUGGCAGCUAUCAGCCCCGUCAACUUCUUGAUCUUCUCAAAAGAGGCACAAACCAGAUCCUUAUGCCUCAACCUUACAAGCACUGAAAACCUGGGCACAAUCAGGUGGUAUAACUGUCUGCUGGCCAGCCUGGCCACCUUCUUGCCCUUGCUGACGGUGACUCUGUGCUACGUGCUCACUAUUUACACCUUGGCUACCAGGCCCCAUACAUGGGCUUGCUACAGACAAAAGGCUCACAGACUCGCUGUUGUCCUCUUGGUGGUCUUCUGUAUGUGCUUCCUCCCCUUCCAUGUCUUCUGGGUGGCUCAGGUUGAACUACAGUUGUGUCUAGUCAGCUGUCACAUGGAGAAGCAAAUCCACUCUGCCUAUAUCAUCUCUCAGCCACUGGCUGCACUCAACACCGGCAACCCACUACUCUAUGUUGUGAUCGCAGGUAACUUCCAGCAGGCCAUCCUCUCUCUUUCAAGGUGUAAGUGGAGCAAAUACGUCCAGCAGCCUGGGAGGAAUAAUUACCUGACCAAGUCAGAAACUGAAUUAAAGUUAUGGAGGAAUCCCAGCAAACCUGGGAUGGCUUUGGUGCUGUAA